CUUUAAGUGGUCGCACGUUGCGCGAGAAUGAACAUGCGUUAUCUGGUUGGCGCGCAGGACACGUCCUUCCUCAUGAAGCGCACAGGUUUAUCGAUAGGUUUCGUCUGUCUGGCAGGACCAACUAACGCGGAAUACUCCAUUGAUCGCGUCACAAAAUGACAUGUUCUCUCCAAGUUGUAAGACGCACCCCGACAGUAGUCACUCGGGUCCAGAAGGGAUUCGACGCUCCGUUAUCUCAAGAAGUUCUGGACUUGGUGCACGUUGCUACACCACAACCUUGGCGUCAAUAUUCUUGCUCCGGAGAUACCACGUGGAUUUGGGUGGUUUCAGCAGCAGGCUUUGUCUUGGAUGGGACAUGGAGGGUGGCGCCGACUCGCGUCGAGGGGAGGGAAGACUUGAUCGUAGCGCCUUGUACUCUGUGGUCAACACGACGUCGACCUUAGGAUGGGCAGUUGGUGGACGAAAGCUGGCACGCAGGAUGGCGGGGUGAGUCAUUGCGUACAGAGCAUCCACGUCGCAAUCAUCAAGCGAGGUCCAUCGAUCCCUUGUGAUCGAGUCAGGGUGUGGUAGUGAGCACGUAGUGCUCCAAACUCGAGACCGAAUGCGCCGCUCGGCCACCGAUCGAUUGUUCACGCGAUGAUUUCGUUCAUUCGACCCUUCGAACAACGUGCGUCGCUCGUCCUCGCGUCGGGCACGCCUCCUCUCGCCUUCUGACAGUGUAGGAUUACGCGUCGAGUUGAACGACUCCAGGAGUCGCUCCAAAGUAACUAAUGUUUCGUCGUACACGUCAGGCUCUGCGUCAACUGGGUCCAAUGCCACUGGUUUCUUGUCUUGGAACCCAUCGACAGCAACGUCGGCGUCGGAGGCAACGCGGCUGGGUCUCAACGGGCACUGCAUGUUUCCGCGUUCUGCUGUUCGCAC